AUGGAGAGGAAACUGACACGUGAAGAUUUCAUGAGGAAAAGUUUUCGAGCACCGAAGGUGUCGCCCGCCCCAGAGGGACAGGAGCCUACUGUCAACGGAGCGCCACCACCAUCGCCGGUAUCUUUAGCCAUGUUGGAGAGGAACUCGCAACCGCCACAACGAACCCAGUACGAGAUUACAUCUUCGGGGAUAGCUCCUAAACGACUUGAAAUCAAUAGAGCUCAUCCCAUCCACCUCAAGUCAUUCCAAUCCUCCGAGCCUCCAGACGACACUGCACCAAUGCCGCCUUCAGACGAUGUUCUACGAAAACUCGAACGGCAAAUUGGUGAAAUGGAGAGAGGUUUAGAGAAAAGGGCACAGAAUGGUUCUGUUGGUGUUGACGAAAGAGUCAGGUACGCUGAACAUGAGAACCUCUUACGAACUGGCGUAUCUUCCGUCGGAGGUGGAGGCUAUCUUCCAGCUGAUUCUGAUACAGAACACGACGUGGUGCCUUUCAAUAGAAACGAAAGCACUCGCAGCAGUACUGGUGGUGCUACUCCAGUACCGAGACCAGCCACUCGACUGGCCAGAACAAACUCUGAUACUCAACAGUCAGUCGCAGCUACUGCGAGGAUCAUGAAGAAACUGGCUGAUGGCAAUAAAGAUGAAAAAUCUAAGGUUAUAUCUCGAAAAGCGAUACAAGCGAGGAUGGAGCGUGUCAAGAACUCUGUCACUGGAAAACACGAGCACAGGGUUCUGGCUGAGCAUAGGGUGGAUCCACCUUCUCCAAGGACACCGACGUCCCCUAUCUCACCAAGGUCACAGAGUGCGUCGGAGUCGUCGGCGGGAGCGGGCGGCGGGGGCACAUCGGGCGGCAGCGCCCGGGUCUCGUCGCGCUCGCGGGCUUCAGAGGAACCACACAUUGGAAAGUACAAGCUAUUAAAGACAAUCGGUAAAGGCAACUUCGCUAAGGUGAAGCUAGCGAAACAUGUGCCGACCGGCAAGGAGGUCGCCAUCAAGAUCAUUGAUAAGACACAACUCAAUCCUGGAUCACUGCAGAAGCUGUUCAGAGAGGUCCGGAUAAUGAAGAUGCUGGACCAUCCGAACAUAGUGAAGCUGUUCCAGGUCAUAGAGACUGAGAAGACGUUGUACCUCGUUAUGGAGUACGCGUCAGGAGGCGAGGUGUUCGACUACCUCGUGCUCCACGGGCGCAUGAAGGAGAAGGAGGCGCGCGCCAAGUUCCGACAGAUCGUCUCCGCCGUACAGUACUGCCAUCAGAAGAGGAUCAUACACAGGGAUCUCAAGGCGGAGAAUCUCCUGUUGGACGGAGAGAUGAAUAUAAAGAUUGCGGACUUUGGUUUCUCCAACGAGUUCACGCCGGGCGCCAAACUGGACACCUUCUGCGGCAGCCCGCCAUACGCCGCGCCUGAACUCUUCCAAGGCAAGAAAUACGACGGUCCCGAAGUGGACGUGUGGUCGCUGGGCGUGAUCCUGUACACGCUGGUGUCGGGCAGCCUGCCCUUCGACGGGUCCACGCUGCGGGAGCUGCGGGAGCGGGUGCUGCGCGGGAAGUAUAGAAUACCCUUCUACAUGUCAACGGACUGCGAGAAUCUUCUAAAGAAGUUCUUAGUCCUGAACCCUGCGAAGCGAGCCUCUUUGGAGAGCAUCAUGAGGGAUAAGUGGAUGAACACCGGCUAUGAUGACGACGAGCUCCGGCCCUACGUGGAGCCUCAGCAGGACUUUAAGGACCAUAAUCGGAUAGAGGCGCUGGUGUGCGUGGGCUACAACCGACAAGAGAUCGAGUAUUCACUCGCCGAAGCGAAGUACGACGAUGUUUUCGCCACUUAUUUACUACUUGGCAGAAAGAGCACGGACGUGAGUACGAAGCCGGAGUCGGACGGCAGCCGGUCUGGUUCGUCCCUGUCGCUGCGCACGGCCGCGGCCGGGGCCCAGCCGCCCGCCAACAACAACUCCGCCGCACACGCAGUGGGUACGACGACGACGGCAGCGAACAACACCACAUCAACGGCUACCACGACAACGUCCAAUUUCAAAAGACAGAAUACAAUUGACUCUGCAUCGAUCAAGGAGAACACGGCGCGGAUCGCUCAAAUGCAGGUGGCGAGCACGACGCGGCCCAGCAGCGCGGCCCCCAAGCUGGAGCCGCGGUCGCGCACGCUGACGGGCGGCGCGCGCCGGGCGCAGGCCUACGACGCGCCCCCACCGCAGCCCCCCAAACUGUCGCCGCCACAUGACGCGCCCAGCCUGAACUCGCAAGUGUCGACUGGCGGUGGUGCGACGGGCGCGCGGAGGGAGUUCCCCAACCCCCUCGUGUUCCCCAGGAAUGUACCCUCGCGGUCCACCUUCCACUCAGGUCAGAACCGCACGCGCGGUUCAAGCGGCGGCGCGUACGGUGACGGUGGCUCCCCGCACCAGGCGCGGCCAUCUUUCUUCUCCAAGCUGUCCUCACGGUUCUCCAAACGGCCUUUGGACGGUACAACCCCGAAGCAUGCGGUAGGAGCUAGUCCACAAACCAUGCUUGGGCAAGGAACCGGUAAUGAGGAGCAGGUGAAACCACGCGUACUCCGAUUUACGUGGAGUAUGAAAACCACAUCCUCACGCGAUCCCAACGAAAUCAUGGCGGAGAUCCGCAAGGUACUUGACGCAAAUAACUGCGACUACGAGCAGCGCGAGCGGUUCCUGUUACUGUGCGUACACGGAGACCCGAACGCGGACUCCCUCGUACAGUGGGAAAUCGAGGUCUGCAAACUGCCGCGACUCUCGCUCAAUGGAGUGCGGUUCAAGCGGAUAUCUGGCACCAGCAUCGGCUUCAAGAAUAUUGCGUCUAAGAUCGCAAACGAGCUCAAGCUGUGA